CUCGCGAGCUGUUAUGCUAACAGCACAGCUUUAGUAGCCGUGGAGGAAGGAGUCGGUUCAGUCAGUUCUGUCGGUUCGGUUCGGAUUAAAGACUGUAGAUCGGUGAAGGUGUAAAUAAAGCGUGUGUAGAUAUAUUCACGGUUUAUUUUGAAGCUUGUAGGUGAAGAAUCAUCUGCGGUUUAGUCAUGGUGGCCCUCACAGUGUUUGCUCGGCAGCUCCAAAGGCACCUGGUGAAGCAGGUUCGGCUGCCGGUGUCACUGCGCUCGGUUCAGGUUCGCAGGUGUAACCUGUCCGCCUGCUCCAGCAGAUUCGUCCUGUCUCAGAUGCACCCAAUGUGGCAGGAGCCUCUGGAGGUUCCAGGAGGAGAGCGCCAGUCUCCCAUCGACAUCAGCAUCCGGAAAAGCGUCUUUGACCCGAACCUGAAGCCGCUGGUGACGCGAUAUGACCCCAGAACCUGCCAGCAGAUCUGGAACAACGGAUACUCCUUCCUCGUCGAGUACGACGACAGAACGGACAAGUCCACACUGCAUGGUGGUCCUCUGGAGGAUCAGUUCAGGUUGUGUCAGUUUCAUUUCCACUGGGGGGAGAAUAACAACUGGGGCUCUGAACACACCGUGGACCGUCACCUUUACCCCGCUGAGCUCCAUUUGGUCCACUGGAAUUCAGAUAAAUACUCUUUGUUCGAGGAGGCCGUCAUGGAGGAUAAUGGACUGGCUGUUAUCGGGGUCUUCAUGAAGGUGGGGAAGAGACACGAGGGUCUACAGAAGCUGGUGGACGCUCUACCUGCUGUCAGACACAAGGACAGUGUAGUGGAAUUCACAAAAUUUGAUCCGUCCUGCCUCCUGCCUCAGAACACAAACGAGUAUUGGACGUACGCCGGGUCUCUAACCACGCCCCCUCUGACCGAGGCGGUCACCUGGAUCAUCAUGAAGCAGCCUAUUGAAGUGAGCCACGAUCAGCUGGCUGUGUUCAGGAGUUUGCUGUUCACCUCAGCAGAAGAAGAGGUCCAGAAGAGCAUGGUGAACAACUUCCGGGUCCAGCAGUCUCUAAAGGACCGAACAGUUCGCUCGUCCUUUAACCCUUUCCUCCACAACGCUGUUACCAACGACCCCUAAAACCUUCUGUCUUCAUUUCACUCUUGAAACCAGGAACCAGAGUCGAGUCCAAAAAGUCUGAGUCCACCAACAAAAUACAGAAAUACAAGUUUAUCGAAUCAGAGUCUGUUCAGAUGAACGUUUUCUUUUUUAAGGUUAGUGAUGGACUUUUGUACUCGACUCUUUAUUGUGCCACUCAAAACCGUUUCUGUUUAAAGGAUCAAAGUAUUUUGGUGGUGGGUUUAUUCAACCCCAGAAGGCGUGCCUUAUUGUAGCUCAGCAGAAAUAUUACAGAAACCCCCACACACACCCCCCACGUGAAUUUAACUUCCUGUUUUGUUGAUGUUUCGCAGCAGAAAUCAAGUGUAAUAUUGUUAGCGUGUAAGAAAAGCUUCAGGAGUAUUUUAUUUGAUGUAAAUAAUGACUGCUUAAUCAUUUAAGUCUUUUCUAAGACAACGGCUCAAUUUCAUCGAUUUCCUCCGUUGUUCUUCAUCGCCGUAGCGACCCACGGUGUAUCAGAUGCUCCUGAUACUCUGAGAUCAUCUCAUAAUGCGGAUUGUGUUUUCAGUCUCUGUAGUCGUCCCUGUGUUACGUCCCGUCAGGAUCUGAUGGAGGUGUGGUGAGGAGGCCUGGGGUUAGUUGCAGUCUCUUAUUGAUUUAUGGUGUUUUUUUUUUUUUUUUGGUUUUCUGCUCCCUGUAUGUCUUUAUACAAAUAAUAUACGCUGUAAAUGUAUAGUUUAGGAGCUUUAAAUGUACAUAAUGAUCACACGUUGUAGUCGUAACUCUUUUUAACUACAGUUACUGGUUCUUUUUUUUUUUUCCGGAGUUUGGAAACAAGCUCAGAAAACCACAGUGCCUUCAGGAUUACGCUCCAACACUGUCGUUGUCUCACUGCCCAAUUUAUGUCCCUCAUUCUUGUUAAAGAGCGAAGGACAGAUCAGCGAGAGUGAGAGAGAGGGGUUUUACUGGAUUGGUUUGUAUUUGAUUGGUUUGUGAUAUCAUAAACAGGCCAGUAGAGGGCGCCAGAGCUACAGGAGAGCAAUGCAGGUCCUGUCUAUUCAGAUUCCAGUACUGACCUUUUUUUUUUUUUUUUUUUUUUUUUUUCUUCCC